UUUUGAAUUUGGAAUGUAGAAAAAUAAAGUUGAUAUUUUUAUUUUCCCGUUGACCAGGUCCUCCCCUUCUUCUUCGUCUCCACAGAAACCCUCGUUCCUCCCCUUCUUCUCCGACCACACGGUUGAUUCAAGCAGACAUACAGUAAUCUAUCUAUUUCAGCUCUCAAUCUGUUUCAAUUGCAAUGAACACCCAGAAAAACCCUAUUGAUAACUUGGAAUCUCCUGCGGUAGUAGCUGUUAAUCCAGAAAUUUCUAGGGUUAAAACCCUAACUGUAACUGACCACCCUUUAGUAAACACUCUACAAGAUGAUCAGCGAUUAGGGCUUUCUCAUAAAUCUAUCGUUGAUUCAGAAUUAGGACAUGUUGAAAAUGAAAAAGUUGUUUCCGAAGGAAAUGGUUGGCAUCCUUUGUCACAAAGCAUUCAAAAGGUUAAUGAUUUGGUAUGGGCAAAAGUAAAGAACUAUCCAUGGUGGCCAGGACAGAUAUUCAAUCCUUCUGAUGCAUCAGAUAAGGCAAAGAAGUAUCAAAAUAGAUAUGGCCUUCUAAUAGGAUUUUUCAGUGAUCAAACAUUCGCUUGGAGCGAAGUAUCACGGGUGAAGCCAUUUCAUUCGAACUUCUCUCGAAUGGAGAAACAAUCUGAAUCAGAAUCCUUUCUCAACGCUGUUGGUUCUGCUUUGGACGAGGUUUCACGAAGGGUGCAGUUUGGAUUGAGUUGUAGAUGUUAUCCUGUUGAGUUAUCAGACAAGAUCAGAACACAGAUUGUUGUUAAUGCGGGUAUAAGAGAAGAAUCGAGUAGAAGAGAAUUCGCGGGGGAUAAUCAUUCGUCUGCAACUUCUUUUGUACCUAUAGAUCUAGUUUGUUAUGUGAAACAACUCGCUGUUGAGAACCCACGUGACAGAAUUGAAAGAUUGGAUUUUUCUAUGGCGCAGGCCAGGUUACUCGCGUUCAAUCGCUGGAAGGGAUAUUAUGAGCUGCCCGAGUUUAAGGUUUCUGAUGGGUUAUUUCUAGAGGAUGUUGUUGAUGAUGAUGAACUUAUAAUAUCGAGUUAUACCAAGGUUAAAUCUAACUUGUCUCAGAAGAAACAUAACAGAAAGUCUACGCCAUUGUCAUUGACCAAGAAACAUAAGAUAAAUGAAUCUGAUUUCUCAUCUCCUAAGCAGUUAUCGAGAGUGGGAGAGAACAGAAAGUCUACGUCAUUGUCAUUGAUCAAGAAACGUAAGAUAAUUGAAUCUGAUUUGUCGUCUCCUAAGCAAUUAUCGAGAGUGGGAGAGAGUAUGUGCAGGGUGGCAUCGCUAUUAGUUAGGGAUAAUCCAAAUGGGAGCAACGGAAGAUCGUCCUCAAGUGGUAUUAAGAAAAAAUUUUCACCCGUUGUUGCGCCUUCAUCCCCACUCUGCUCUCUCUCUCUCUCUAUCUAUAUCUUUCUUCGAGUUGUCUCCAUCUGUGGGGGCUUACUAUCAAAUCUAAUCGAUUCAUCGAUCUGUAAAGUAGCAAUGGCCUUGGAUUCCACUGAUUCUGAACUGAAACGGAUCUUUCUCAUCGAUGAUUCGAACGAGGAUUCAAAUCUUAAUGUGUGUUCGCCGCCUUCUUCUACUGGUUGCUGCGAAGAGGAUCAUCAAGCUUCUUCAGAAUCUAUCUUAGAAGUUGAUGAUGAUUGCACAAGUUCCAAUCUUCUAGAAAUUGCUAACCAUGAGAAGGUGUUGGCAAUAUUUGAUGCCAUCCACAAAGAACAAACAGCUCAAUUGGUUGAAUCUUUAGAAUCUGAAAGUACCAAAACAAUGGACAAGAUUAAUUUGUGUAAAAGCCUAGCCCAGAACCAUGCAUUCAUUACAAGUGCAGAAUGCAACGCAGAAGCUGAGGAUGAUUGCACAAGUUCCAAUCUUUUAGAAAUUGCUAACCAUGAGAAGGUGUUGGAAAUAUUUGAUGCCAUCCACAAAGAACAAACAGCUCAAUUGGUUGAAUCUUUAGAAUCUGAAAGUUGCAAAAGCUUAGCCCGGGACCAUGCAUUCACCACAAGUGCAGAAUGUGUUCUAGAAGCUGAGGAUGAUUGCACAAGUUCCAAUCUUCAAGAAAUUGCUAACCGUGAGAAGGUGUUGGAAAUAUUUGAUGCCAUCCACAAAGAACAAACAGCACAAUGGGUUGAAUCUUUAGAAUCUGAAAGUACCAAAGCAAUAAUGGACAAGAUUAAUUUGAGCAAAAGCUUAGCCCAGAACCAUGCAUUCAUUACAAGUGCAGAAUGCAUCACUGAAGCUGAAGAUGAUUGCACAGAUUCCAAUCUUCUAGAAAUUGCUAACCAUGAGAAGGUGUUGGAAAUAUUUGAUGCCAUCCACAAAGAACAAACAACUCAAUUGGUUGAAGAUUUGGAAUCUGAAAAUACCAAAGCAAUGAACAAGAUUAAAUUUUGCAAAAGCUUAGCCCAGGACCAUCCAUUCACCACAAGUGCAGAAUGUGUUUUAGAAGCCGAGGAUGAUUGCACAAGUUUCAAUCUUCUAGAAAUUGCUAACCAUGAGAAGGUGUUGGAAAUAUUUGAUGUCAUCCACAAAGAACAAACAGCUCAAUGGGUUGAAUCUUUAGAAUCUGAACAUACCACAGCAAUAAUGGACAAGAUUAAUUUGAGUAAAAGCUUAGCCCAGAACCACACAUUCAUUACAAAUGCAGAAUGCAUCACUGAAGCUGAGAAUGAUUGCACAAGUUCCAACCUUCUAGAAAUUGCUAACCAUGAGAAGGUGUUGGAAAUAUUUGAUGUCAUCCACAAAGAACAAACAGCUCAAAUGAUAGAAUCCUUAGAAUCUGAAAGUACCAAAGCAAUGAUGGACACGAUUAAUUUGUGCAAUAGCUCAGCCCAGAACCAUGCAUUCAUUGCAAGUGCAGAAUGCAUCACUGAAGCUGAGAAUGAUUGCACAAGUUCCAACCUUCUAGAAAUUGCUAACCAUGAGAAGGUCUUGGAAAUAUUUGAUGUCAUCCACAAAGAACAAACAGCUCAAUUGGUUAAAUCUUUAGAAUUUGAAAGUACCAAAACAAUGGACAAGAUUAAUUUGUGCAAAAGCUUAGCCCAGAACCAUGCAUUCAUGACAGAAGCUGAUGAUGAUUGCACAAGUUCCAAGCUUCUAGAAGUUGGUAACAUUGAUAAGGUGUUGGAAGGAAUUGAUGUCAUUCACAACGAUGAAAAACCUCAAUUGGUUGUAAAUUCAGAACCUGAAAGUUCCAAAGAAAUUGACAAGAUUAAACUGCGCAAAAGUUUAGCUUCAGACAAUGCAUUCAUCACAAGUGCAGAAUGUAUCACCGAAGCUGAGGAUGCUUGCACAAGUUCCAGCCUGCUAGAAGUUGGUAACAGUGACAAGGUGUUGGCAAUAUCCGAUGUUAUCCACGAUGAGCAAACACCUCAAUUAGUUGAAUCUUCAGAACCUGAAAGUACCUCAGAAAUGGACAAGAUUCAUCUGUGCAAAAGCUUAGCCCAGGAUGCAUUUAUCACAAGUGCAGAAUGUGUCACUCAAGUUGAGGAUGAUUGCACGCGUUCCAAUCUUCUAGAAGCUUGUAUCAUUGAGAAGGGGUUGGAGAUAACUAAUGUCAGCCACAACGAACAAACAUCUCAAUUGGUUGAAUCUUCAGAACUUGAAAGUACCAAUGAAAUAGUCAAUGUUAAUUUGUUCAAAAGCUUAUCUCCGGACAAUGCAGUUAUCACAAGUGCAGAAUGUGUCACAGAAGCUGAGCAUGAUUGCACGAGUUUCAAUCUUCGAGAAGUUGCUAACAUUGAGAAGGUAUCAGAAAUGGCUGAUGUCAGCCACAACGAACUAAUUCCUCAAUUGGUUGAAUCUCCUGAAUCCAAAAGUACAAGAGAAAUGGACAACACAUUCAACAAAAGUGCAGAAUGUAUCAUGAAGGCUAAGGAUGAUUGCAAAACUUCCAAUCUUGUUGAAGUUGCUAUUCUUGAAAAGGUGGUGGGAUUAACUGAUGUGAGCCACAUCGAACAAGCACCUCAAUUGGUAGAAUCUUUAGAACCAGAAUGCUCAAGGGAAAUUAGUAAGAUUAAUUUGUGCAAAAGUUUAUCCCGGGAAAAUACAUCCUUCAAAACUGCAGAGUGUAUUCCAGAAGUUAAGGAAGAUUGUGAAAGUUCCAAUCUUCUACAAAUUGCAAACAAUGAGAUGUUGAAAAUAACUGAUGCGAGCCACAAAAAGGAAACACCUCAAUUGGUUGAAUAUUCAAACCUCGAAAGUUCAAGAAAAAGUAGAAAAAUUGAUAUGCGUAAAAGUUUAGCGUGGGACAGUGCAUUCUUGACAAAUUCAGACUGUAUCUUAGAAGCUAAGGAUGAUUGCUCAAAUUCCAUUCUUCUAGAAGAUGACGACCUUGAGAAGGUGCCAGAAAUAACUGAUGUUAGCCACAGAGAACAAUCACCUCAAUUGGCUGAAUCUUCGAAACCAGAAAGUAGAAGAAAAGUCAGCAAGAUUGAUAUGCGUAAAAGUUUAGCAUGGGACAGUGCAUUCUUCACAACUGCUGACUGUAUGUUGGAUGCUGAGGAUGAUUUUUCAAGUUCCAAUCUUCUAGAAGGUUCUGACCUUGAGAAGGUACCAGAAAUAACUGAUGUGAGCCAUAAAGAAAAAACGCCUCAAUUGGUUGAAUCUUCGGAACCAGAAAAUACGAGAAAAACCAGCAAGAUUAAUUUACGCAAAAGUCUAGCAUGGAACAAUGCAUUCUUCACAAGUGCAGGUGUCUUAGAUGCCCAGGAGUUGUCUAUUAUGAUUGAUGGAGCUGAUAAAGGUAAAACACCCGCAUUACCUGGAAUUGAGGAGGAUGUACGUGGAUCGAUGGAUACUAUAUCCACAUUGGACAGUGAUUGUUUGACUCUAGAAAGCCUUGAAGCUGAUUUAUUUCACGACGUUAGAGCUUCAAUACAGAAGUCCAGUAAAGCGUCUAAUACGGGUAGUUCAAGUUUGAAGGCAGUAUCAGAAGAGAAAAUGGCUAAAGGCAUAUGCGCUUCAAAGAAGGUAUAUUUGCCUCCCAAGAAUAUUGUGAUGAGGACAAAACCUACAUCCAAGAAAGAAGCCAUUCCAGGACCCGACAGGACGACAAAACAGGCUGCUGCUUCAAGAAAUGUAAGCUUAAACUCUUCCAACCCGACGAUGUCAAGCACGGCUGUAUCGAAAAGAGUUUCUAUUGAUGCCAGUCGAGCGAAAUCAGUGAAUAGUGUAGCAAAGGCAGUUAUUUCAUCAAAUUACGGAGCACCCACCAAGACCAUGCCCAAGUCAACUGCCUUGGCUCCUCCUCCUCUUCAUGCCAAGAAAGACCAUGGUUCUAGCAGUGGUUUAGAUAAUCCAAGCAGAAUUGUUCCUUUAAGAAAGAAACUUGAGCCCAGAAGAGUUACUCCGGUUUCUUCCUCUAAUAGUACAUUGCAUAAAACAUCAUCUAUGGCUGCUGCUCAAACAAGGAAAGGACCAUCAUCAUCAAAGCUUUCCUCUAGUAUAUCACCUGCAAGUUCCUUUAGCGAGUCCACAGAUUCGUCUUCGUCAAUUUCAAUCAUUAGUUCUGAAUUGAAGGAAAAUCCUACACGAGCGAAUGAACCACUUCCGGGGAAAGCCUCAGGCCUUCGAAUGCCGUCUCCCAAGAUGGGAUAUUUUGAUGGGGCAAAAACAGCAGCAGCCCAAACAAGUGUGCAGUCUAAUUCUUCAAUGCCAGUUGGUUUGCGUCGGUUUUCGGGAAGAACAGCUGGUUCUGCGGCGUCGAAGGCAGUGGCUUCUUCUUCUGAAAAGGCAAGUGUUGUUACAACACAAACUGGGAAGAAUAUGGUUAAUAAAAAUGCUUCAAAAUCCACCACAUUAUUAAAAGAAGGGAAAUUAUCCAUUGAUUCUCGUAGGGUCUCAAAUGAGCUCGGCCCAUUUCAUCACUUAAAUGGCGGAGAGAAGAAUGCACGUCGAGAAAAUCAAAUUGAAGAUUCCAACCGUAAGCAGACGAAUUUGAACCUCAAAUCUUUGGAAAGACGACCUCCAUUUUCUGCCAAGAAUACUUAA